CCUACGGAAGCCGCCUGUGGCCCUGCCGCACUGAUAUGCACCUUUUGGCAAACUCCGACCGAGAAUGAGUUUUUUAGACGCCGGGAGUGGUCGCCGCUGGUAGAGCGAGAAAGGAGGCGGCAAGCCGUUCCAAGAAAGAUCCAGGCACGCAGUGAAGUCCAAGCGCCAGGAGGGACGCCGCCAUGAGUGUGAACAAAGCGGAGCUGUGCGACUCGCUGCUCAGCUGGCUGAAGACGUUCCAGGUGCCCUCAUGUACCUCUAAAGAAGACCUCACUAAUGGCGUCGCCAUCGCCCACGUGCUGCACAGAAUAGAUCCCUCCUGGUUCAAUGAGGCAUGGCUGGGCCGCAUUAAAGAAGAGCGGGGUCAGAACUGGAGGUUGAAGGUGAGCAACCUGAAGAAAAUUUUACAGAGCAUGCUGGAAUAUUAUCACGAGGUUCUCCUUCAGCAGAUCUCCGACGAUCAUCUCCCUGAUGUUAACCGCAUAGGAGAGCUCAACGAUGUGACUGAGCUGGGGAAGCUGGUACAGCUGGUCUUGGGCUGUGCUGUAAGUUGUGAAAAGAAGCACGAGCACAUUGAGCAAAUCAUGACUUUAGAGGAGUCUGUGCAGCAUGUUGUAAUGACCGCCAUCCAGGAGCUGCUCACAAAAGACACCGUGGACUCUGUCAGUCCAGAGACAUUUGGAGAUUUUGACUACCAGUCUCGGAAAUACUAUUUUCUAAGUGAAGAAAUAGAAGAAAAAGAUGAUCUAUCCCAGCGGUGUCAGGAGCUGGAGCAGCAGGUCUCAACCAUACUGGAGGAAAAGAACGCUUUGUUGUCUGAGCUGGCAGAGCUGCAAAAACACGGAACGCAGCGGUCCGAACCACUCGAUGAAACCACCACCAUAACCAGUAAGAAGCUGCUUCUGCUACAGAGCCAACUGGAACAGCUGCAGGAGGAAAAUUACAGGCUGGACACCUCCAAAGACGACCUACAAAUCAGAGCAGAGGAGUUGGAGCGCCAAGUGGCAGAGCUGCAGCAUCGUAAUGAAGAGCUGACCAGCCUAGCUGAAGAGGCGCAGUCCCUCAAAGAUGAAAUGGACAUCCUCCGGCACUCGUCCGACAGAGUGAACCGCUUAGAGGCAAUGGUGGAUACCUAUAAGAAGAAGCUGGAAGAUCUUGGGGAUCUGCGGAGACAGGUUAGGCUCCUGGAGGAGAGGAACACCGUGUACAUGCAGCGCACGUGCGAACUGGAAGAAGAGCUGAGGAAAGCCAACAGCGCCCGCAGUCAGCUGGAAAUUUAUAAGAAACAGAUUCAGGAGCUGCACAGUAAGCACUCUUCAGAAGCAAUCAAAGCUGAGAAGUGGCAGUUUGAGUACAAGAACGUCCAUCUAAAGUACGAGGCUCUGCUCAAGGAGAAGGAGCGACUUAUGGUGGACCGGGACGCCUUGCGAGAAAGGAUUGAUGACAUGUGCUUUGUGCAGUUCCAGCCACAGUAUCUUCGUCAGGGAGAAGAUUCUUUGUGUGAUGAGGGUGUGCAGAAUCUUACAGCUGAGAUCAUGCCUGCUGAGCUCAAAGAAACUAUUGUGCGACUCCAGCAGGAAAACAAAACGCUCUGUACAGAGGAAGAAGCCUCCCGUCAGAAGCUAAGUGAAGUACAGAGCCAGCUGGAGGAGUCUCGGCGUAGCCAGAACAGACUGGAGACGGAGAACAGGCUGAACCAGCAGCAAAUUACUGCACUCCGGAGCCAAGUGGAGGAACUUCAGAAAGCACUGCAGGAGCAAGACAGCAAGGCGGAGGAUUCUUUGCUGUUGAAGAGGAAACUAGAUGAGCAUUUGGCGAAGCUCCAUGAAGCUCAUUCUGAUUUGCAGAAGAAACGGGAAUACAUUGAUGGCCUUGAACCUAAAGUGGACAGCUCCACUGCUAAGAAAAUCGAUGAGCUUCAGGAGAUCUUAAAGAAGAAGGACGCCGACCUGAAGAUGAUGGAGGAGCGAUGUAACCGAUAUGUGGAGAGAGCGCGGACUGUCAUCAAAACUCUGGACGCCAAACAGCCCGAUGUCGUAGCCCCUGAGGUGGUGGCCUUAAAAAAUCAACUACAAGAAAAGGAGAAAAAGCUGCAGCAUCUGGAGCAUGACUUUGAAAAAGCAAAGAGCCGCCAUGAAAAGGAGGAGAAGCUGAUCAUCAGCGCCUGGUACAACAUGGGGAUGGCACUGCAGCACCGGGUGACACAGGACCGAGCUGGCACCCCAGGACAGGCCCAGUCCUUCCUGGCACAACAGAGACAGUUCACCAAUGCACGAAGGGGACACCUCUCUCGGCUGCAGCAGACGCUGCCCAGAUAAAAGCCCACCUUGCCGAUGAGACUUCACUUGAACGCAGUGGUGCCCAUUUCUUACUCUGACGCAGAAGAGCAGCUCACUCGAGUGGACAGCGGACUCCAUGCACCUUCCUAGGGGCGACAUUGGACGGACAUCUCUGACCACCACUGCUGCUGCAUGGGGUGGGUGGACCUGAUAACACUACAGUCUUCUUCUUAGGUUAGUUAAGGGGGCUUCGUCACAGUGCUGGGGGCAAAAAUGAGCUGCCCGUCUUGAGAGCUGCAAUGGGUGUGAAGACCACCAGCAGCCCAGACCUUCCUCCCCUCGGAAUGAGAUUCUAGGGGACUGCGUGGGUAAGCGUGUGGCGUGAGCGAGGCCUACAGAGGCGGCUGCCAUGUGCCCCGUUGAACGUUUUCAUCCAUCCUCGUGCUCUUCAGUGUGACCGCCAUCUUUACGUUGACCGUUUCCCUCACGGCCAGUUGUCUGCCAUGUUCCUUCCUGAAGUUCUCUCUCUGUCCCUUCACUUUUGGAGUACGCCGGAGCCGCCCCGGUAAUGCGGGUGGUCUGCACACGUGUGGCCCGCUGGCAGCACUACGAGGCCCACAGGUGUCUAUCUUAAAUGGGAGUUCUGGUUUGGUUUUUUGUUUUUUUUUUCUUUUCAUUUUGCCUACGGUUUCAAACUUAACUAUCCCGCGUGGGAAUUUACUUUUUGUUUAAGCAGAUUUCCAAAUCCUUUGACCUCCCUUUUAAUGUCAGCCCCCCCCCCCCCCCGUAAUGACAGAGCGGCAGCCGUAAAGGAAGGGCGGUCCACCCACCCACUCACUGUGCCCGUGGUGUGCUUUGUAGACAAUCAUCUUUUGUUUAACCAAAGAACCACUUAAAAAAAAAAAAAAAAAAAUUAAUUUCGCCCCGCGGUGUUAAGCUCAUUCAAAUUAUUAUUAUUAAUAUUUUAAUCUUUUUGCUGCUUUGAUUUUAAGUUUCCCCCAGUGGACCCAUGAAAUGGGUGGAUGGUUUUAAACGUAAGCAGCUGAUCUCGUUUGUGUUUUUAUUAUUGACGCCCACACUGCCCCCUGCUGACCACCGGUGCUACUUUCUGUUUUGUUUUUUGGGUUACGACACUAUGGGAGCUUUAUAAGAAACCGGAGCGUCUGUGCCACUUGGUGUGUCCUCAGCAGGGCAUCCGUCGAGCAAAACCGCGCUGAGUGCCAGGAGCGAGGAAGCCAUCCGUUUGACUGAGCUGAGCCCCCCAGCUCUUCUGUCUGCUCCUCUUUUUCGGCUCUGGGAUGUGGCGCUUUAUGUAGAGCAAUGGCAGGGUGCCUUUUUUUUUCCUUUUCCUUUUGAGGUGCACCUUUUUAUUUAUUUAUUUAGCAGGUUUUUUUUUUUUUUUUCUUUUAAAUUGGUGUAUGGGUAACGUGAGAGGACGAGAGGAGUUUUAAAUCCUAGCAGUGCAGCCCUCCCUUCCAUUUCCCCCUCUUUGCACUUUCAAUAAACUGGAAUUUAGAACGCGCUGAUUUUUUGG